GGUGCUGUGAGCGCGCACUUCAAGGCUCUGCUACAUCAUAUCGAGUGCACACGGGGUCGCUGGCACAACAGCUCACAUGUGGUGAUGCCUCAUUUCCCUUCCUUGUAUGUUUUUUGUUGUCGCCUUUUUCCCCGCCUCCAUCAGACGAAGAAAUGGAAGUGCAAACUCUGCGGCGAGGCACAGUCUGUGCGCAAAAUCUUCUUCAAGGGCACAGGCAAAGAUUGCAGAACGCGCGUGCAGGCACUCAACUUGCGGCGUGGAGAAAUGGAAUCCAUUUCCGCUGAAACGGCAAUGGAACGAGACUACACGGAGUACGAAGCAGAAGAGGGGGAUGCCAUGGAUUCGUGGCACGCAGAAUAUGGGGACAGCAUUGACAACCCUUCUCCGACCACUCAUGCUCCUGAAUUUCAAACACCAAAACAAAGCAAAUGGGAUGCGUUUGUCGAGCGACCGCAAGAGGGUGAAGACGAUGAAGAAGAAGAUGUUACCGGCGUUGGCGGCGUGCAGGUCACGACAGAUGCCACGCAGUUUUCACAGCUGCUGCGUGAUCUUCGUCGAGGACCAAAGCGAAACACAUCGGCCCAACAACGCGCGCGCCACCGACAACAACAGCAGCACCAGCACCAGCAACGAAGACAGCAGGCGAGGACUUGCUAUGAUCACCAACGGCAACAUUUACAUGGGCCGCCAGUGCAGAAUGUUCGCCGCCAGCCAAGGCAUCGACACGACAGUCUGGAGGAUGACAGCGCAUUGACAGCGGCAGCAACCGCGGCUGUUGGGGAGGCCGAGGCAGCAGACAUGGGCAGUCACAUGCGCGCAUCUGCAUACGUACGAGCUGCCCACGCGCGUGGGGGCUCAACACACCGCCACAGUGUGGGUGUGCCCAGGCGCAAAAGGAUACAGGACGAAGAGCAGUGGGACAGCGACCACGCGUCCACCGUGUCCCCACUUCAGCAUGCGAAUGAACGCGUUUGUGGCGUGCGCGCGGGUGCGGGCAUGGGUGGUGGGGGUACGCCAGUGUGCAAGCGGCCCCACUUGUCAAUGGGAUCGCGGGCACGUGUGGCCGUGCCGGGGACACCGAUGGCCGCCCCUGUGAGAAUGCCUGCAAGUACACACGCAAUGACACCGGGAGGCGCAGCAGCGGCGACAGCAACGGCGGCAGCAGCACGGCUGCGGGCGUGGCACCACCACACAUCUUCAGCAUCACCAUCGUCAUCGUUGUCGUUGUCGUUGCCAUUGGCACCAUCGAGCCAGCACGUGUCAUCAUCUUCGGCAGCAGGUGCGCAUCGAACGCCGCAGCCACCCCACGACCGCCACCACCAUCAACACAAGCACCAACAACAGCAGCCGUCGUUAUUGACAUCAGCGCCACGCACAUCGUCUCUUGUACCCACCCGCCCUUCCUCUACCACACAACACCAGCGACACCAGCGACACCAACAGCAGCAAGAGCAGCAAGAGCAAGAGGUGAUGAGGAAGAAGAAGGCAUCCAAGUGGGAUCUGUUUGUCACCACCACAGCCCACGAUGGCGAUGAUGACGAUGACGAAGACGAUGAUGGCUUGUACGGCCUGGCUUGACAGCGACGAUGCAGCAGCCUGUGUCGUGCUGACCUGUUGCUUGGCUGGUGGUGGUGGCUUGAGGCUUGUUUUGCGUGCAUACAGCGUGUUGUGUUGCACGCGUGUGUUGUUUCGAGGGAAACACGCCGUUUCUGCUGCCUGCUGCCUGCUGUUUGCUGCCUGCUGCUGCUGUUGCUGUUAUAAUUGUAGGUCGGUGUAAAGGACAUGCAUGCAA